GUGAAAACUGAGUGUGAUAUCAAUAAGUCUCUGCACCAACAAUAUAUAACAAGUUAGAUACCGGAAACAACUGUAUUAAACUUGCCAUCAUCUACAGUGAAGAUGUCAAACCUUUGGAAGCUAUUGCUCCUAUUUUGGAUGUGGAUUCCUCCUGGCGUUUUAUCCACUUUGAGCUUUACUGGUUCACCACAGCAAUGUGAAAAGGCUCACUUUGUUCCAGGUUACAACCUCGGUGGAGAAGGCUUUGACAUUGUCACAAUGGAGAGGAAGGGCGCCUAUGUCAUCAACACUGAAAUGUGGAAUCUUGGAAAUGGCACUUGCAAAAUGUACAGAAACAGCUACAUGAAUGGAGAGAUCCAGAAGGUCCCAGUUGCUGUGGUGGACUGGAGAAACCUCCCAAAAUGCAGCCUGAAGGUCUCCAGCAUACUCUACGAUUCUGUAGAAUCUCUUGUCAAUGAUUCCACAUCAUCUGUGUCCAAUGACUGGAAAGUUGGUCUUGAGCUCCCUGUCGACCCUUCAGUCACUGUUGGUGUUGGCCUUGGAGGGUCACACUCCAGGGCUUCUGAAUUUGGCAUGAAAAAGUCCAAAAAAGAUCGCUACAACUUUGUCCGCCAAUCCGUUAACUGUAACUUCUAUAGGUACAGACUCACAACUAAUCCUCCUUUGAGUCCUGAAUUUCUGUCAGCUGUGAACUCUCUUCCUCCAUAUUCUUCUGCAAAAGCAUUACCAUAUCGCAACCUGAUUGACACGUAUGGCACUCAUUACAUCACACAGGUGUCUCUUGGAGGGGAAAUAAAGGCAACAACCUCUUUCAAGACCUGCAAGGCAACCAUGGAUGGACUGACAGCAACAGAUGUUAGUGACUGUUUGACAGUUGAAGCCUCGGCUACUUUUGCUAGUUCUGCUAGUGUUAAAGCCAUGACUAAACACUGUGAAGCAAAGAAGAAGAUGUUAAGCUCUGGUCAAAGUUUCAGCUCAGAAUUUGGUGAGCGUAUCACAGAGGUCAUUGGUGGGAAUGAAAUGGGAGUUGUAUUUUUCCAAGGCGGGUCAGACCCUGCUAUGUAUAACAAAUGGUUAACCUCUCUUAAAACUUCACCUGAUAUAGUCCAGUAUAACUUGGAACCUAUGCACACCAUACUGCCAGAUAAUCACCGUGCAAGAAAUGGUCUGAAAAGAGAGGUGGAGCAGUACAUCAUAAAAAAUGGAGUGCUGAAAACAUGCUCUGAAUCCUGUCAAAUUGGACACAGGUCCAACAAAAGAGAUCCGUGUGCCUGUGUGUGUAACAGCAACCAGAAUAUCAAGUCGAACUGCUGUCCUGCUGGUAAAGGUCUUGCAACUUUAAAGGUGUACAAACUUUAUGCAAAGAAUCUGUAUGGUGAUACAUGGAGUGAGACAGAUGGUUCAGUGGAGGUUAAAUAUGGUAACCAGAUAAUGCGCACCAAAAUAAUCAGUAAUGAUGACAAUCCUAGGUGGCCUGAAAAAUUUGAUUUCGGUUCCAUUGUCAUCAAUAUGCAAAAUAGGCUUAUGUUUUCUGUUUAUGAUGAGGAUACAAACUGGAACAGUGAUCUGCUUGGUGAGUGCUCCUUUGAUCUCCAUAAAGGGACUGUGACAGACAGCUGCAUGUUUAAUCAUGGUACAUUCUUCUUCACUUAUGUCAUGGAGUGUGCACCAAGCCUGGGCGGUAGCCGGUGUGAUCAGUAUGUUUCCUCCCCCAUGAAACCCUCUCUGGCCAAAGUGUUUUACACCAGAAAUGGUGUUCUGCUCGGAGAUUCAAUGAGGAAGUUUCUGAAGCCAGGCGCUCGUUCGGGUAUAGGCCAACUGUGAAAUGAUAAAACGAGAACAGUAAAUGCAUUUUCUUGUAGCUUUGAUUGCUUUUUUCUUUAGCUGUUGUAUGAGUGAAAACAUAUUUGUCUUAACAUGUUUGUAAAAAUGCUAUUGGAUAAUCCAUAUAUAUGUUUCUUUCCUACCUGCAAAAUCUUGCAAUAAAGCAUCCACAAAGACAA